CAUUCUUCCAGGGUUUCAUUGCCAAGGUUUUUUACACAUGAUUUUUCCUGAAAUGGAGAAUUAGAACUAAGCUAUAACUACUCUUCUAGGACAGGCUGCAAAUAAUCACGUUGUUAAAACAAGAUGGUCGUACUUCAAGCUGGUGAUCAUGUAUGGCUGAAAUCCCAUUCAGGCAAAGAGUUUAAUGUGCCCAUUGGGGCAGUUGUGAAAGUAUCUAACUUGGGACGAUUCUUGCUGGAGGAUGAUGAAGGCAAGGAACACUGGAUCACAGCUCAAAAUAUUAGCGCAAUGCAACCAAUGCAUGCUGCCUCCAUCCAAGGAGUGGAAGAUAUGAUACAUCUUGAAGAGAUGAAUGAAGCUGGCAUGGUACACAACCUAUAUAUCCGCUACAAAGAGAAUAAAAUCUAUACCUACACAGGCUCUAUUCUUGUAGCCAUCAAUCCAUAUCAAGUGCUGCCACUGUAUACCAUGGAACAAAUCCAGCUGUACUGCAACAGAAGGAUUGGGGAACUGCCUCCUCAUGUCUUUGCCAUUGCUGAUAAUUGUUAUUUCAACAUGCUGAGGAAUAAGAAAGAUCAAUGCUCUGUCAUUAGUGGAGAGUCUGGAGCUGGGAAGACUGAAAGCACAAAAUUAAUGUUGCAGUUCUUAGCUGUCAUUAGUGGUCAACAUUCCUGGAUUGAACAACAGAUUCUAGAAGCCAAUCCUAUUUUGGAAGCCUUUGGCAAUGCUAAAACAAUUCGAAAUGAUAACUCAAGCCGCUUUGGGAAAUACAUUGACAUUCACUUCAAUCAAGAUGGUAUAAUAGAAGGAGCUAGAAUAGAACAGUUCCUUCUGGAGAAGUCUCGAGUGUGUCGCCAGCCUCCUGAAGAAAGAAACUAUCACAUAUUUUAUUGCAUGUUAAUGGGGAUGAAUCUGGAACAGAAAAAAAUGUUGAAUCUUGGCACUACUUCAGAGUAUACUUAUCUAACUAUGGGCAAAUGCACUUUCUGUGAAGGCCGUAAUGAUGCCAAGGAAUAUGCUCAUAUAUGCUCAGCUAUGAAAAUUCUCAUGUUCUCUGAUUCUGAGCAGUGGAACAUAAGUAAAUUGCUGGCAGCCAUUUUGCAUCUAGGAAAUGUAAAAUUUGAAGGUGUUGUGUAUGAAAAUUUGGACUGCUCUCAUAUUCUUGAUUCUGUACAUUUUUCCACUGCAACCAAACUGCUAGAGGUGGAUUCUAAAGAACUCCACAAGAGCCUUACAAACCAUUCCAUCAUCAUCCGAGGGGAAAGUGUCUCUACGCCCCUAAGUGUGACUCAAGCAGCCGAUGUGAGAAAUGCCUUUGUCAAGUUUUGAGCAGUUUUGCAUCAACUUUGCCAAUGAACAUCUCCAGCAAUUCUUUGUACUCCACAUCUUCAAACUGGAGCAGGAGGAAUACUUAGCGGAGCAAAUCUCCUGGAACCAUAUUGACUUCAAGGAUAACUGUGCUGCCUUGGAAGUCAUUGUACUCAAACCCAUGAACAUUGUUUCACUGAUUGACGAGGAAAGCAGAUUUCCCAAAGGGACAGACACCACUAUGCUAAACAAAAUCAAUUCACAUCAUAGCAGAAGCAAAAUCUACAUUCCUCCAAAGAAUGUCCAUGAUACAAUUUUUGCUAUCAACCAUUUUGCUGGAGUUGUUUAUUACCAGUCAAAAGGUUUCCUUGAGAAAAACCGUGAUAUGCUUAGCUCGGACAUAAUGCAACUUGUUCAUUCAUCCAAAAAUAAAUUUCUCAAAGAGAUCUUCCAGGUCGACACAAGCAUGGAUGUUCUGCCUUUUGGCCGUGGGACCAUUAAGCACCUUGGAAAGGAUUCCUUGAAGGGAUCAGAUUCUGGCAAACGCUUGUCUACAUUAGCAGGACAAUUCAAACAGUCUCUGGAGCAGUUGAUGAAAAUCUUGAACAGCUGUCAGCCUUAUUUUAUCCGCUGCCUUAAACCCAAUGACCAAAAGAAACCCAUGCAAUUUGACAGAGAACUCUGUAUCCGACAGCUAUACUACUCUGGCAUGAUGGAAACCAUACGGAUUAGGAAAGCUGGCUAUCCAAUUCGCUAUAACUUUGCAGAUUUCUUUCAGAGAUACAGAGUCCUACGGCCGGUACCAACUAGAGAACAGCUGAAAAAUGAUGUUCGUCAGAAUUGCAUUUCUAUCUGUAAGAAAGUAAUGGAAGAUGAAGAUUGGAAAAUUGGCAAAACCAAAGUUUUUCUGAAAGAUUAUCACGAUACAGUCCUGGAGGUCCAGCGUGACAAGGCACUCAGAGAAAAAGCCAUUCUAAUUCAGAAGGUGCUCAGGGGAGUCAAAGACAGGAAACAGUUUCUGAAGCAGAGACAAAGUGCUGUAGUUAUACAGGCAGCCUGGAGAGGAUACUUUGCUCGUAAAAAUUUUAAAAUGCUCAUAUUGGGAUUUGAACGUCUGCAAGCCCUUUUCCGGAGCAAACAGCUUAUGAAGAAGUAUGAAGAAGCCCGUGGGAACAUGAUUAAGUUUCAAGCGUUGUGCCGAGGUUACCUGAUGCGCCAGAAAAUUGCUGAGCAGCUGAAAGCUGUGUGUGUGAUACAGGCUUAUGCCAGGGGAAUGUUUGUUCGUAAGACUUUGCACAAAAUGAAGAAGGAACAUUUGGCAAUUCCAGAAUCAGAAGAUUAUAGUAAGAAAUUAAAAGUAAAGGAUUCUGAAGAAAACAAACAUGGAUCAAUGUAUGAUGACAUCAGUGAUCAGGAAAUGGUGGACAGAGUAUUUGGUUUCUUGCCUUCUUUCAUUGGAGGGCAAGAAGGCCAAGCUCCUUUGGGCUUUGAGGACCUGGAGAAAAAAACACAGACACACAAGCUGCAUGAGAUAGACCUGGAUAUGAUCCCCAUAACAGUAGAGCUGAAUGAGGAGGCAGAUGACUUGGCACAAUACAACUUCCCCAAAUUUGCAGCAACUCACUUCCAGGGAUCUGCCACUUAUACACACAUUAGACGUCCACUGCGCCACCCUUUGCUUUAUCAUGAUGAAAAGGAUGAUAUUUUGGCCUCUCUAGCUGUAUGGACCAUCAUUUUACAGUUCAUGGGUGAUUUGCCAGAAAGAGUACGGAAUAUCAACAGCAAGAGAAGUUCCAAGGAGACACAGAUUAUUGAAAGCUUUGGCAAAGAAAGCCAACCACAGCCUGUAAGCAGUUAUCAUCCAGAUAUAGUAGACAUCAAAAAAGCUAACAAGUUCUCCAAGGUAAUUUCUUCCGUGAAAUUGAAGCGCAACUCCAAAAUGGCUGAUAAGAUAAAAAGCCAGCUGAUGAAUGGGGAAGAUAUGUUUCAGGAGGAAUGCUCUGAGUCUGAGAGGCCUAUGUCUAACCUUGAAAAAGUGCAGUUUAUCAUUGGAAAUGCUGUCCUGCGUCCUGCCAUCAGGGAUGAGAUUUAUUGCCAGAUCUGUAAACAACUCACUGAAAAUAAAAAUAAAACUAGUUAUCACAGAGGUUGGAUCUUGCUGUCACUCUGCCUUGGUUCUUUCUGCCCUUCAGACCAGUUUGUGAAGUAUCUACUAAAUUUUAUUCGGGGUGGACCAUUAUUGUAUGCACCUUAUUGUUCUGAACGGUUGAGGCGAACUUAUAUGAAUGGAACACGAUCUGAACCACCUAGCUGGAUGGAGCUGCAGGCAACCAAGAGUAAGAAGCCAAUUACACUUAGUGUAAUCAUGAUGAACGGCAACAGUACCAAAGUGCUUGCAGAUUCAGCCUCCACUGCAAAGGAGAUCUGCCAGCUGGUAGCUGAUCAAAUGAACUUAAAAGACACAUUUGGCUUCUCUCUCUACAUUGCUUUGUAUGAUAAGGUCUGGUCACUAGGCAGUGGACGGGAUCACAUCAUGGAUGCCAUUUCUCAGUGUGAGCAACAGGAAAAAGAGAAGGGUGGACAUGUACAGUAUACUCCUUGGCGUCUCUACUUCAGAAAAGAGAUCUUCACCCCCUGGCACAAUUCCAAAGAAGAUCCCAUCAGUACCGAACUCAUCUAUUAUCAGAUAAUACGUGGCGUCCGGUUUGGAGAAUACUGUUGUGAAAAGGAGGAGGACUUGGUGGAAAUUGGAGCCAAAUACUGUUAUAUCAAGUUUGGAGACUCCAUCCAAAAUGAAUUGGUUCAAAGUAUUCUCCAAGAAUGUAUCCCAGCAAAGCUACUGAGAUCCAAAUUCCAAGAGAAGUGGGUGAAUCUCAUCACAUAUGCUCACGCUAAGGCGACUUACACACAGGACCAGAUUUCUCCUCAGUGUGUAAAGGAGCAGUUGGUAGACUUUGCCCGUGAUCAGUGGCCUCUGCUCUUUUCUAGAUUCUUCGAAGUUACUAAAUUUUCAGGGCCCAGUCUUCCAAAGAAACAUUUCAUUGUGGCAAUUAAUUGGAAAGGUGUAUGUUUCCUAGAUGACACUGAAAGAAGACUUCUAGACUUGUCUUUUCCAGAAAUUACUGGCAUCCAUACCAACAGGUACUGUUGUUGAACAUGCUGGACUGCAAAGAGCUCUUUGUCAAUAUGUAGGAGAAUUGAUGUUCAGCUGCUAUUAUAUCAUUGUCCGUAUUUGAUUCGUCUGUUAAUGUGUCAUAAGAACUGAAAGAGUUUCCAUGUUCUUUGAUUUGCCUAGCUUUCUCUCCCGAAGGAAUAAACCUAGUGAGUUUGUUUACCCAGAAAGUAUUUUUCUAGCUCUUAAAAUAUUGUGUCCCCUGGGUUGAGAACAGUGACGUGCAGUGAGGUUUAUGGCUGGUGAGGCAAAAAGAAAGAAAGCG